UAUAAGACAUGUAUGGUUUGUAAAAAGAUGUCUCUUAUUUUCAACUGUUAUAUAUUUUAUAUUUUUCAGGCAACGCUAACAUGUUGUUCAGCAAUGGAUAUGCUUGAAAAGCUAGAUGUUUUGGAACAAACGUUAACACAAAAGAUGGCAGACCUUAAAAAGGGUGUAACAGCUCUAAACAAUGAAAACAACGAGGAACGGCUCAAAUGGAAUGAUCUAGAAAACACUAUUUCUGACCAAAAAAGAAGGAUUGGCGAGAUUUACAACAGUUUGGGAAAAGAACAUAAUGUCGAGGACGUUAAAUCUAAUAGCUCUUUUCCAAACAGCAACUUGAAUGAAAGUAUCAAAUCGAAACGAGCCAGUACAACAGCGCCAGCAUUUUAUGCAUACAUGUCUUCUCACGAGCUGAAUCCUGGAAAACAUCACACAUUACAUUUUGAUACCAUCAUUACUAACAUUGGUUCAGCUUAUAACCGUUACACUGGAAUUUUCACACCGACAGUAUCUGGAACAUACGUGUUAUCUUAUUCUAUUAAGCCUUAUGUUGGAGCCUAUAUCCCUAUUGAACUUGUGAGGAACACACAAAUUAUUGGUUCAGCAGUAACCAAAGCACAAAGCAGCUAUGAACACGGGGCUUCUUCGACGGUCGUGAUUCAGUUAUCUGCAGGAGACGCAUGCUUUCUAAGAACAAGCAACACUUACACACCAUCUGGACAUAUCUACAGUAGUACAUAUGCCAGAUCAUCGUUUUCAGGAUGGCGUCUCAUUUAAAUAUCAAUAAAUAUGAUAUGUACUA